AUGGCGAAAGCCCUCGGCUUGUUCGUUCCUGAGGUCUCCAUCGGUGCGCCGACAAGAGCCGGGACGCCGAAAAGAUGCGGUCUUCGUCUACCUCAGAAGCUCCAAUGCUCCCUGACCCCGGACCAGAUACCCCCUAAGCCGACUGCGCUCACCCACCACCACCGCCACCACCAUCACACCAAGUUCGAUGCUCUCAUAACCAAGGUGCUUCCCUUGCUACAUGAUUGUCGUGCUCUCUCUCUUUCUCUCUGUGUGUCUAUGUCUGGUUUGGCCCAGCUUGCUCCCCGGUUUCUAAGGCUGCUUAAUCCCUCACUUCGAAUUCCAGCGGAGAAGUGUCGAAAUUUCACUUUGCCGGAGCGAAAAUUACAAAUGCUCCGUUAGUUUUAGGGGCGUUGAUUCGGAUGUUCUUUCAUCCGAGGCCUAUUUUGUGAUUUCUGGCUUACUAGUUCCCUUUUGACGGGCUGCCGUGAGAAGGCGCCUUGGAAUUCAUCCUCUACUCCUCAUUAUGCGACACUCUCGCCUUGAUGUUGACGCAGGUCUCGGGUUCUGAUCCGACAACAAAGGUCAAUAGCAUCGUGUGCGCGGAUUGCGAAGGAAAUGGUAACCGAGCACCCCCGAACUCCGUUUUACCUGGUUGCUUCAUUACUUUUUUGCGCUUAAUCCCGGAUAGAUUUCUGUAAACUCUGGUGUCGCCGGUAUGAUGAUGCCUCGAGACAGCUAAAAAUCAGAGAUGUGAAGGCAAUCUCUCUGGAAUUUCUUUCCCACUGAAAAACGAAAGGGAAAAGAGUAGUCCCUGUCUACUGACCGAAUCAUUCCAGAGGUCGCUCGUAUCAAGAAACGGAAUAGUAUCUAUAUUUAUUUUUUAUUUUUUUUACUGUCAGGUCUUUAGUAUUGAAUGCUAGUAAGUCGGAAGAGAGUGCUCUGACAACGAUAUCAGUAUGAAUUGCAUUCAUCCUCCACAAUUGUGUAAGGUUAGAGCGCUGCCCACCCAGUUUGAUUGAUAAAUGGAGGAUUUUCUAACUGAAAGGCUUUUGAAAAAAAAAAAAAACUUUUCUAUGCAAAAUUCGCAUGCAUUUCCCGAGUAGGACUCACAGUGAAUGCAGACUGCCCAUUUAUUUGGAUAUAUUCAAAAUUCAGGGAUUGAACAGGGCCAGCCUUCUUUUCCCUUGAUUUCCCUGUGUAGCGGUUUUUAUUUGAUCCAAGCUGAUGCGCUUUCUGUCAUUUGGCCCGGUUUCAAGUCUGUCGGAUUCUCUAAACGGUUAAUAUCCUGCGUUGACCCCCCCACAGGUGCCAUCCAGUGCACUCAGUGCAAGGGAACCGGGGUCAAUUCUGAGGAUCACUUCGGCGGACGGUUUAAAGCUGGUCAGACGUGCUGGCUGUGCAGGUACGACCCACUGCCUCCUGUUGUGCAUGAUGGAUUUCGCUCUGCCUGCAUAUCUUCGUAGGAAAGUCAAAAUGCUCCCGGCGCUUCAAAAGUUCGAUUUCCAUCAUGCUCUUAGGCGCCUGCAUAGCUCGAGGAUGUCGUGUUUCCCAUCCAUGGACCAUUAGCAAUAAAUUACAAGGGCCGCCGUCGUGAGUCCAAUCCUACAUGAUCAUCAAAAUCACCCACCGAAGGGCCCGGGGGGGGGGGAAGGAGCCGGAGAGGAACGAUCCGGCGCAUGUGAAUAGCAGAGUCUUCCUCCUUCUCUAGUGGGGCAUUUCGACCUGGUGGGUGCUCAUGUUUGUGCUUUCUGUGGCAGAGGGAAGCGGGAGAUCCUGUGCGGGUCCUGCAAUGGCGCCGGCUUCAUCGGGGGAUUCAUGAGCACCUUCGACGAGUAG